GUGUUUCCAUUUCACAUCUCAUAACCAAAGAUUUCCUCUCAUAACCAACGAUUUUGUUAAUAAAAAAUAUAAGUACAGUAGUUUUAAAAAAUGUUUACUUUAAGAAAUGCUACAAAAGUAUUAACAAAUUGCCGCAAUGCAAGUACAAAUGUGGCCAAGAACGGUGACAUUUCUCCCACGUUCACAAACAGAAACCCAAGGAACUUAGAAAAACUCCGUAUCGGUUACAAGCCGGAUGGUUAUCAUGUAGACGCCCCGGGAAAACGUUUUUGGCACAAAUUGCACUUGACUAAAACUGGGAAGUACGUUUCAGCUCACGUAGAACAUUUCGAAAACGGCCCAGUUGUUAAAGCGAGCACUUCGGAAUGGGCACUCAAAAAACAACUCUACCGAUAUAACGACACCUCAGCAUUCAUCAAUUUAGGAAGGGUUCUUGGUGAACGUUGUUUGCAAAACGGUCUGACCGAAAUCAGCUGCAACAUCAAGCCCGCAAACGAAGAUGGAAAGGUCGCACUGUUCCUGAAAGCUGUGCAAGAAUCAGGUGUUAAAUUAGAGGAGCCGCCACAGUUUAAACCCGCACGACCUUGGGAUCAAUUACGACUUGAAAAGCCGUGGGAAGUUGUUGAAUAAUUUAUUUGUUGUUAGAUAUAAUAAAAUUUUAUCGGUUAAUAAA